GCCUUUUUGCCCUCAGUCUAACAUAUCUGUAUUUAUUAUUGUAACACACUUGCAGCAGUCUUCAUAAAACUUACUCAAUAAAGUCUGCUCAACACAAGAAGUAAAGUGACCUGCACAGGAAGAGGAAGACAUGAGCUACAUAUGUAGAUUUAAUGUUGCUUGAUACUCUCAGUGAGAAAGCCAGCAUGGAAGUCAUCGCACUCUGUAGUAAACUCUGGUUGUUGCUGCUGAUGGCACAUGUGCAGAAAGGUUAUUCUAAGAUCUCUUGUUCAUCUUUUUCCAUCAUUCCAUCCAGACUGCAGCUCUUUGAAUAUGAGUCAGUCUCUUUUACCUGUGAAGGGUUUAACAUUUCAGCAGGAUGGAAAGUGAGGAACACUCAGCAAAUCCUUUCGAAAUGUUCCAAUAACACUGUGACGAGGACUUGUGGGAUCAAAUAUGCUUUUGCUACAGAUAGUGGAAAAUACUGGUGUGAGAGUGGAGCAGAGAGAAGCAACACUGUCAGUAUCACUGUUACAGCUGGUGCUGUGAUACUGGAGAGUCCUGUCCGUCCUGUGAUGGAGGGAGAUGCUGUUACUCUGCACUGUAGAAACAAGACAGAGAAACAAGACUCAAAUUUCACAGCUGAUUUCUACAAAGAUAGCUUGCCCAUGGGUACCAGCUAUGGUGGAAAGUUAGAAAUCCAAAAUGUUUCAACGUCUCAUGAAGGAUUUUAUAAAUGCAAAAUACAGGGAGUUGGGGAAUCAGCAGGGAGCUGGCUGGCUAUCAGAAGGAAAUCCAAUGCAGAGGAUGGCAGAGCGGGACUUUAUUUUGAUCAGGACACCAUGCUGCCAAUCACAGGCAAAGACAAGUCUUGA